AUGUUUCAACUAAUACUACAGGCUUUUCUCUGCUCUGUGGUUGUCGCCCGUACCUUUGCCGACGAUCUUUCCACAUACUCGACCAAAGUCUACCUACCAUAUGCAUCUAAGUUCUCCCCAAAUAAGACACCCACGAUCAAUGGUACCAUCGAGGGCAAAUCCUUUGUCUUCCCCGUAGACACCAGCAGCACCGGCCUCCUCAUUGGCGCCCCGCAGCUACCCACCAUCUCCAACACCACCGGCACACCCAUCUCUCAAUAUCUAGGCAAAACGCUCUACACCGGCCGCUUCGUGCGCCUCAACAUCACCUUCAGCGGGAAAAACAACUCCGCCCGCUCCGAAGUCCUCGUCCACAUCGUAGACAAAAGCACAUCGUGUCCGAAAUACAACGUUGCUAAGAACACCGGAAGGUGUGAAGAUGCCAAAGCCAAAGUAAACGAUGUCAGCAAAGUGUUGACUUUGGGCAUCGGCUUCGGCCACAACCUCCCAAACAGUGGCCUCCCCUACGCCAUCCCCAGCCACAACCCUUUCCUCAACAUCCAAGAAAUCAACGGUAACAAAACCAACGACAAGGACUUCCGAAACGGGUACACCCUCUCGACAAAAGGGAUAUACCUAGGCCUGACAAGUAACAACACCGCGAAGUACAACUGGGUGAAGCUGGACAAGGGCACCACCGGCGACUUCCGCGACUGGGCAAAAGUCCGCACGCAGUUCAAGAUCGACGAGCAAGGCUCGUAUAACGGGUCUGCGCUCAUCGAUACCACCACCGGGUACAUGUACGUCCAAGCCUCACCUGCAGGCUCCGUGCCCAAUACCACCGUCGCAGACACCAUCCACAAACCGCUUGACAAGAACAAGAAGCUCACAGUUGUGAAGCCUGGCACGCAUCUCGAUUUCGGCUUCCCGACGGGUAGAGAACAGGAGGGUGUUGCGGGGUUCGACUUCAAGGUCGGGGAUAAGAAGAAGGGCGUGCCGAAGUGGGUUUUUCCGACAAGGGUGGGUCCCGGGCCGCAUGUGGUUAUGGGGAGGAAUUUCUUGGAGGGGUUUAGUGUUGCGUUUGAUGCGGCGGGGGGACGGUAUGGGUUUAAGUGUUUGGAGUGUGGGAAGGCGGAAAGUGGGAAAGCUAAAGGUAAGAAGGCGACCAGUAAGAAGGAGACCAGUAAGAAGGAGACCAGUAAGAAGGAGACCAGUAAGAAGAAGCUGGAUGGAAAAGGGGCUGGUGCGUAG